AUGUCAACAAACAAUAAUAAUAGUGAUAAUACGAUCAAGUAUAUUCCAUACUCUUCAGAAUUACAACUUCCAGGAAUUAUGAAGUUAAUAGAAAAUGAUUUAUCAGAACCAUACUCAAUCUACACUUAUAGAUACUUCAUACAUAAUUGGCCUAAUUUAUGUUUUAUGGCAAUGGAUGAUGAAAAAGAUCAAUGUAUUGGAGUGAUAAUUUGUAAAUUAGAUCGUCAUAAAAACAAUGCUUUACGAGGCUAUAUUGCAAUGUUGGCAGUGAGUAGAGAAUAUCGAAAAAGAAAAAUUGGAACCACCUUAGUUAGAGUUGCGAUAAAUGCGAUGAAAAAACAAAACGCUGAUGAGGUAUGA